GGGGAGGGGGGGGCGACGUCAUCGUACGGCAAAGGCCCGGACCCGCGCGCGCACGCAGAGAGAGAGAGGGAGACGCGCGCGAGCGAAAGCCGUUGGUCCCCGGCGCAGGCGCAGAGAGCGCACCUGGACGUCGCCUGGCGGAGCCUCCGGAGAGCCUGAGGGUUACGUCGCCUGAUCCAGGAUGUCGGACAGUGAAGGCAGCAACUUCUCUGAUGACGAAAGCUCGCGGAGCAGUGAAGCAGAGGAGCAAGAGGAAAACGAGGAGGAAGAAGAGCGUGUCAGCGGUGGGAGUGAGAAGGUCGACGUAGAGGAUGAGGCUGAAGAAGUUGAGGAAGAGGAAGAAGAGGAGGAAGAGGAAGAAGAGUACGAUGAGGAAGAAGACGACCGACCCAGGAAGAAGCCACGCCAUGGAGGAUUCAUCUUGGAUGAAGCUGAUGUGGAUGAUGAGUAUGAAGAUGAAGAUCAGUGGGAGGAUGGAGCGGAAGACAUUCUUGAGAAAGAAGAACUUGAAGCUUCCAACAUUGACAACCUGGUGCUCGAUGAAGAUCACUCAGGAGCAAGAAGGCUCCUGAAUCAUUGGAGAGAUAAGAGGGAGGAAGAACUUGGGGAAUAUUACAUGAAUAAGUAUGCCAAGCCAACUGGCGGAGAUCAUCACUACGGCCAGUCUGAUGAGCUUUCUGAUGACAUCACCCAGCAGCAGUUACUCCCAGGUGUUAAGGAUCCCAACUUGUGGACAGUAAAGUGUAAGAUUGGUGAGGAGCGAGGUACUGCAAUUGCACUGAUGCGGAAAUUCAUUGCCUAUCAAUACACAGACACACCCCUCCAGAUCAAGUCAGUUGUGUCCCCCGAGCACGUGAAGGGGUACAUUUACAUCGAGGCGUAUAAGCAGACCCACGUCAAGCAAGCCAUCGAGGGCGUGGGGAACCUGAGGAUAGGCUACUGGAAUCAGCAGAUGGUUCCCAUCAAGGAAAUGACUGACGUGCUGAAGGUGGUGAAAGAAGUGACCAAUCUCAAACCCAAAUCCUGGGUUCGCCUAAAGAGAGGCCUCUACAAGGAUGAUAUUGCGCAGGUCGACUAUGUUGAGCCAAGCCAAAACACCAUCUCUCUGAAACUGAUCCCGAGAAUCGAUUAUGAGCGCAUCAAGGCUCGAAUGAGUUUGAAAGACUGGUUUGCCAAAAGGAAGAGGUUCAAGAGGCCACUUCAACGCUUGUUUGACGCGGAAAAAAUCAGGUCACUGGGGGGUGAUGUCACCAGCGAUGGCGACUUCCUCAUUUUCGAAGGCAAUCGCUACAGCCGAAAAGGAUUCCUUUUCAAAAGCUUUGCCAUGUCAGCAGUUAUCACCGAAGGAGUCAAACCAACCCUUUCUGAACUGGAAAAGUUUGAGGAUCAACCAGAGGGCAUUGAUCUGGAGUUGGUGACAGAAACCACAGGCAAAGAAAGAGAACACAACCUGCAGCCUGGCGACAACGUGGAAGUGUGUGAGGGCGAGUUGAUCAACCUGCAGGGGAAAAUCCUGAGUGUGGAAGGGAACAAGAUCACUAUCCUUCCCAAACACGAGGAUCUGAAGGAUCCUUUGGAGUUUCCAGCCCAUGAAUUGCGUAAAUACUUUAAGAUGGGAGACCACGUGAAAGUGAUCGCGGGUCGUUACGAGGGAGACACGGGACUGAUUGUGCGAGUGGAGGAGAAUUUCGUCAUUCUGUUUUCGGACCUGACCAUGCACGAGCUGAAAGUGCUUCCGAGGGACUUGCAGCUGUGUUCUGAGACAGCGUCCGGGGUAGAUGCUGGCGGUCAGCACGAGUGGGGAGAGCUGGUGCAACUCGAUCCUCAAACCAUGGGAGUUAUUGUCCGGUUGGAGCGAGAGACUUUCCAGGUUCUCAACAUGUACGGCAAGGUGAUUACAGUCAGGCACCAGGCAAUAACUAGGAAGAAGGACAACCGCUUUGCUGUGGCUCUGGACUCCGAGCAGAACAAUAUUCACGUCAAGGACAUUGUCAAAGUGAUCGAUGGACCGCACUCGGGUCGCGAGGGUGAGAUUAGACACUUGUACCGUGGCUUUGCUUUUCUGCACUGCAAGAAGCUGGUGGAGAACGGGGGCAUGUUCGUUUGCAAAACACGGCAUUUGGUCCUAGCUGGAGGAGCAAAGCCAAGAGACGUGACAAAUUUCACAGUGAGUGGAUUUGCUCCCAUGAGCCCUCGGAUCAGCAGCCCCAUGCACUCCAGCGGUGGAGCCCCUCGAGGUGGAUUUGGAGGACAAGGGGGAAUGGGCCGUGGGCGAGGCCGCAGGGAUAACGAUUUGAUUGGCCAGACAGUCCGGAUUUCACAAGGACCUUACAAAGGGUACAUCGGCGUUGUGAAAGACGCCACAGAAUCCACUGCGCGAGUUGAGCUCCACUCCACGUGUCAGACCAUUUCUGUGGAUCGCCAGCGACUCACUACAGUGGACUCCAAGAAGAAGGGUGGCUUAACAUCCGCUUACAGUCGCACCCCAAUGUAUGGCUCCCAGACUCCCAUGUACGGUUCUGGAUCCCGGACACCAAUGUACGGCUCUCAGACACCGUUGCAUGAUGGGAGUCGAACUCCACAUUACGGCUCCCAGACUCCAAUUCACGAUGGAAGCAGGACACCGGGACAGAGCGGUGCGUGGGAUCCCAAUAAUCCCAACACGCCCUCCAGGAACGACGAUGAAUAUGACUUCCCGUACGACGACGAGCCCUCGCCAUCUCCGCAGGCCUACGGGGGAACCCCCAACCCGCAGACGCCAGGCUACACAGACGUGCCCUCGCCCCAAGUUAACCCACCGUUCAACCCUCAAACCCCCGGAACCCCGGCAAUGUACAACACAGACCAGUUCUCUCCCUAUGCAGCUCCAUCGCCUCAAGGGUCCUACCAGCCCAGCCCCAGCCCGCAGAGCUAUCACCAGGUGGCUCCCAGCCCCGUGGGCUAUCAGAAUACUCACUCACCCGCCAGCUACCACCCAACACCUUCACCCAUGGCAUACCAGGCGAGUCCAAGUCCGAGCCCUGUAGGAUACAGCCCAAUGACCCCUGGAGCUCCAUCUCCUGGGGCUUACAACCCACACACGCCGGGCUCCAACAUCGAUCAGGGCUCCAACGACUGGGUCACCACCGAUAUCCAGGUUAAAGUGCGUGAUACCUACCUGGACGCACAGGUCAUCGGUCAGAUCGGAAUGAUCCGCAGUGUGUCGGGUGGUUUGUGUUCGGUAUAUCUGUCGGACACUGAUAAAGUGGUCAGUAUCUCCAGUGAGCAUCUGGAACCUGUCACGCCUGUGAAAAACGAUAAGGUGAAAGUGAUUCUGGGCGAAGACCGGGAAGCCACGGGAAUGCUCCUCAGUAUCGACGGCGAGGACGGGAUCGUCCGGAUGGAACUCGAUGACCAGCUGAAGAUCCUCAACCUGCGCUUCCUCGGAAUCCUCAGCGAGGAGGGAACCUUCAACGCCACGUCAUCGGGGAAGGACGGAUAUAGUCGGAAGUAAUAUAAGUCGCCCUUUUUAACUGUGAAGUUUUUUUUUGUUAUUGUUCUUAGGGUUCCUUUUCCUCUUUUGUGUUUAAGUGCUUUGGUGCUGAGGUCGUGCUUACUGUAGUCAGACAUCAGCAGUGGUUGGUACAAAGCCCGUAGCUCGGUGAGUCCAUGGUUAGUGUAUCACACAACGAGAGCGGAAGUCAACCCGACUUCAGUUUAUCCGCUGAACUCGACAAGAAAAGUGCACUGGGUUUACACAGGGGGUGACCCAAAAGUCGUGAUAGCCUUUAUUUUAAUAAUAAUGACUUUGUUUCUGCAGACGGAAUCCGCUGUUACGUUCUUAUUAGAUUAAAUGUCAGCUACCCUUUAAUCUUAAAGUCAAACAAAAAAAAUUCUUUUCAGACUUGUUAGACGUUGUAAUGGUAUCACAACGUUUUGGUCCCCCUGUACUUUGAAGUCUUGAACGGAUCGUACUUGCUUUCAAGUUGUACGUUCCAAGUUUCAGAAUCGAAUUGUUUUCUCUUCUCCCUCUCACCCCCUCCCCAGCGAUUGCAAUGCUAUUUUUUUUCCACAGAGGCUGACAUUUAACUGCAGUCUUCUCCUGAUUAUUACAGCUGCAUUUAUCUGCAUUUUCCCCUUAUCGCAAGGUAACGUGACUGUUGUAUUCUGUUUCCGCACUGGGCUUCACUGUCUUUCCUUAGUGAUGACCACAGCUGCUCAUAUACCAGUCUGAUUUAUUCUUCAAAUAAGCUGCGAUAUUUAAGCACUCUGGGACGCUACCCUGUGUGAGUGUGUGUGCGUGCGUCUGUG